AUGGAGUACCUCUCUGCCCUGAAACCGGGCAGCCUGCUCAGGUCAGUAUCCAAUUUGAGCUCUGAGUUUGGCCGUAGGGUCUGGACUUCAGCUCCACCACCCCAGCGACCUUUCCGUGUCUGUGAUCACAAACGGACGACUCGGAAAGGUCUGACGGCUGCCACCCGCCAGGAACUGCUAGACAAGGCACUGGAGACCCUGCUGCUGAGUGGACUGCUAACCCUGGUGCUAGAGGAGGAUGGGACUGCUGUGGAGAGCGAAGAUUUCUUCCAGCUGCUGGAGGAUGAUACAUGCUUGAUGGUGCUGGAGUCUGGGCAGAGCUGGAGUCCCAGUAGGAAUGGGGUGCUGUCAUAUAGCCUGGGCCGGGAGAAGCCCAAGCACAGUAAGGACAUCGCCCGCAUCACCUUUGACGUGUACAAGCAAAACCCUCGAGAUGUGUUUGGGAGCCUGAACAUCAAAGCCACAUUCUAUGGGCUCUACUCCAUGAGUUGUGACAUUCAAGGACUCGGCCCAAAGAAAGUACUCAGGGAGCUCCUCCGAUGGACCUCCACACUGCUGCAAGGCCUGGGCCACAUGUUGCUAAGCAUUUCUUCUACCCUUCGCCAUGUAGUGGAAGGGGCUGGGAAGUGGCAGCAGCAGGGUCACCUUCAUCGCUACUGA